AUGUAUCUCAUGGAUAAAUGUGUUCAUUGUCUGCAGGUCCUGUCUCUCGGUGCGACGGGCGGACACAAGGGAACCACCCAGCCUUCCCACCCUUGCACUAUCCUCCACCACUCUCCUUAUAAGGCCGCUUGGGAUUGGCUGAUCCUUAUAUUAGUAAUUUACACAGCAAUAUUUACACCUUACGUGGCGGCGUUUCAACUAAACGAACCCGACUUUGACAAGCGCUCGCGCGCCUUCGGCCAGGACCCUAUUGUUAUUAUUGAUAUGAUAGUUGACGUGACAUUCAUAAUCGACAUCCUAAUAAAUUUUCGCACCACUUACGUAAAUGCCGCGGACGAAGUGGAGUCGGACCCUGCCAAGAUCGCCAUGCACUACUUACGCGGCUGGUUCCUCAUCGACCUGGUAGCAGCUAUCCCCUUCGACCUACUUCUCUUCGGCACCGAUACCGACGAAACAACUACCCUCAUUGGUUUACUAAAAACAGCGCGUCUGUUGCGCUUAGUGCGUGUUGCGAGGAAAAUAGAUAGAUAUUCCGAAUAUGGUACGGCCGUCCUCCUUCUUCUCAUGGCUACGUUUGUUCUCAUCGCGCACUGGCUGGCUUGUUUAUGGUACGCCAUUGGAAGCUGGGAAAGGCCCCAACUGCAUGCUCCUAUAGGCUGGCUUGACGCUCUCGCUAAUGAUGUGCAGGCUUCCUAUGAUAACUCUACUGGACCCUCCAUGAGGUCCAGGUACAUCACAGCUUUAUACUUCACUUGUACGUCGUUAACGAGCGUCGGUUUCGGAAACGUAGCGCCCAAUACGGACAUGGAAAAGGGCUUUACGAUAUUCGUUAUGCUCGUCGGAUCGCUCAUGUACGCCAGUAUUUUCGGAAACGUCUCCGCGAUAAUUCAAAGGCUGUAUUCUGGAACAGCGCGGUACCACACCCAGAUCCUGAGGGUUCGAGAAUUUAUUCGUUUUCAUCAGAUCACAAACCCCCUCCGUCAAAGACUAGAAGAGUACUUCCAACAUGCCUGGAGUUACACGAAUGGCAUUGACACAUCUAGUCUUCUCAAAGGUUUCCCGGAGUGCUUACAAGCUGACAUUUGUCUUCAUUUGAACCGAAAUCUAUUGGCUAGCUGUGCAGCUUUUGACGGCGCGAGUCCCGGUUGUUUAAGAGCAUUAUCUUUACGGUUUAAAACAACACACGCUCCUCCUGGGGAGACUUUGGUGCACCGUGGAGAUGUACUCACAUCACUGUUCUUCAUAUCCCGAGGCUCGAUUGAGAUUUUGAAGGAUGACAUUGUUAUGGCGAUACUUGGUAAGGACGACAUUUUUGGAGAAAAUCCAUGCACGCACACCACUGUAGGAAGAAGUAAUUGUCGCGUUCGAGCCUUAACCUACUGUGACUUACAUCGUGUGCAUAGAGAUGAUCUCUUGGACGUUCUCGAAUAUUACCCGGAAUUUCGGAAUACCUUCGUCAACAAUCUUGAAAUCACAUAUAACAUGAGAGAUGAAGAACUCGGGGGCAUAGAACCGAAACGCCGGAUGCGGUAUGAGAACCCGAGCGAGGCGAGGCUGCUACGCGAAGCCUAUGCGCGCACCACUCGACGACCGCACACGGAAACAUUCGCUGACAAGGAUUCCCAAUGCAGUGACGAAGACACCGAGUCCCCCCCAAGUAGGGGGAUUCUAGAGUUCACCACGGACAAAGCGGGACAGGACGUAACCCCCCUCAACUUCAACUUCAGCAAACAGAGAUCGACUACACUAAACUCCAUAACAGCUCAGUCCACACCGCAGACGUACAGAGGCCGCGGUACAGUUAGACGUCAGUCCUCUGUGGGUCCACUUAACGAUACGUCGCCGUUAACAUCGGCAGCUGCCGGGGAGCCGGCUGUUAGCACCCCCGCACACAGCACCACCCUUCCCGUCUCCAGCCUCAGCACCAAUCCCAGCUCCUAUUACACGAACGCGUCUCCCAGCCCCCCGGCACCGGCUCCCGUUCAUGUGUCCUGUGAUGAUAUUCUAGCUCCGACCGCGCCUCAGUCCGUACGAACGCCGUCGUCCAGGUCGGCGCCGCAUUCUGCUGUUAAUCUUCACAUGACAGGUCGACCUACAGCCCUUUUGUUCAACGGAGACAAAGUACACCAGGAUACGGUUUCACCUCAAUACCAAAAUGUCGGAACAGGCGCAACGGCUGCAUCCGUUACGACAAUAUUGACGAGACUGGAAGAGCUGAGCAGAAGAGUAGCCGUCCUAGAAAACGGCCUUACAGCAGAUGUUCGAAGGAUCCUGCAGCUGUUACAAGCUAGAGAACUGCCGCAUCACAAUUCGGCGCCUGCGCACACUCCGUCGCAGCCUUUGCCCAAAGCAUCGCUAUCGGUACCUCAGAAUCACGAUAAUCAAUGGGAAUGGAACUGGAACGGAGAGCGCGAGCGGGGCGGUCGAGCGCGUGGUGAGCGUUUAGAGCGCACUCCGGGAGUACAAAGGUCCGCCUCAGAGCCGCACGCGCCUGUUCCGCCGGCGCUGCCGCCGCCUCCGCACUCACACUCCUUUUACAGUGUGAGGCAGGCGAGACGAGCGCUUCUCGCUCCCGGCCAUCAACGCGCUCGCUCGCAGAGUCCGCCUCGUGCGGCUCGCUGGGCGCGCCCGAGCCACCUGCGCCCGCGCACGCUACGCGCCCGCCCACGCGCUUUCACUUCUGCCGGCGCAUCGUUAACGACCGCUGCGACGACGCCAGAACCUUCCUCUAACGCGCCCAUACGACGCAUGGACCAAUUUUAUACUUUCCUUCAUGAAUUGAGUCGUCCUCGCCGAGUGGAGUGA